AAAAAUUAUAUGAAGCCCAACCCUAAUACUAGAACAUUCAAUAAUGGAUUUCGAUAAAAUUCAACUAAUAGUAAUGUUGGCUUAAUGAUUGAUUAAUAAAAUUCCUUAAAUUAUUCUCAUAGAUUGGCAGAAGAAAGCUUGUAAAUAGGAGAAGAUGUUUUGGAAUCAUUUAAAAGACAAAAUGAUAGCAUCAAAGUACUUUUUAUUAUAAAAAUAGAGAAUAUAAUAAAAAGUUAAUUAUACGAUUGGGGAUUUGGGACUAUCUUAAGGAAUUAUUAAACUUAUAGGAUCACGAGAUUAAUAAGAUAGACGCAUAAUUAUAUUUUUAACCAUUUUAUUGUUCAUUUUUAUAGCAACACUUUAUUACGUGUUCAAAUGA